UGCCUGAGCCACCCGCGACAGUCAGCCUUACCGUUUGGCCAGCAAUAUGACAAGCCAAGUCUAUAGCAAAUCAAAACUGCUCAUCAUCAAAACCUGGAUAUUCUCAUAUCUAAUUCAAAGCACAUGCGGACGUCGUCCUUCACACAAUCAUCCAAUUCCUCACAUACAACCGCGUGUACUUGGUGGUCAGACAGCAGUGCAGACGCAAUUUCCCUACCAAGUGCAGGUGAUCGCCGAGGGCAGUAGCUACGAAAAACGAUGCGGUGGCUCGAUAAUUACACAAAACCAUAUUUUGACUGCUGCACAUUGUGUGGACGGCGACGAGGCGGUCAGCAUACGUGCGGGUACUACUAUCUUCAAAGUCGGCGGCGUCGUCAAAAUGGUGUCGAACGUGACAAUGCAUCCGGAGUACAGCGCUUAUCACAAUGAUAUCGCCAUACUAGAAUUAGAAAGUGCGCUGGAGUUUAACCCUUUCAUCAAGUCGAUACCGCUCGCCACAAGCAGCAUACCCAAGGGUGCAACGGUAACAGUGAGUGGUUGGGGUCUGAUGUUACAUAACCGACACGCUUUCUUACUACAAUACGAUACAGAGUACACUAUCAGUCACGGGGAGUGCGUUAAACGUUUGCAUUACUUAGCGGAUUCCAUGUGUUGUUUCGUUAAUCCAGCAUCGCAUGGCGUUUGCUCGGGCGACUCGGGUGGUCCGGCAGUCCUAAACGGUAAGCUGGUUGGUGUUGCUUCUUACGUUGUCGGUUUUUGUGGCAGCAAAUAUCCCGAUGUAUUCACCGACGUGUUUGUGGCGAGAGAGUGGAUUCUGGAAAAUACGAAGACCAGUGUGGACUAGCUUAAGCUGUUCUUAGUUCUGUGGUAUUUAUGUAGAUAAAGAUAUAUGAGGUUAAAGAUAUAUGAGAAAAUGUAAUACAGACAUAUUA